AUGGUUCUUGCACAGUUUCAACUAGCUUGGCCCACUGUUUCGGCAACAGUCAUAGAUAUGACAAAGAAACACCAGAUGUAUUGCAGGUCAUUGCCUAACUUCUUCCUGCCUAAGGUGCUCCACCCUAACCUGGUGGUCUUUACACAUUGCUUGUUGCGAUCCUUUCUUUUGCAGGAAGAUGUUUGUGUGCUGCCAGUUGAAGAUAGGAGAAGGUUUGCUGCAAUGAGGUAUUUCAGCAUCAUUGGAUCAAAAGAAGUGAAAGAUGCAGGAUGCCUGCUUCCAGAGUACCCAG